GGAUGCUGCGCUGUUCCGCCUCUCUCUCGCUGUCAUCACCAAGCUGAGUCGUGUUAUGAUGACACCAGCAACGUUUAGCAUACGGAUGGAGCACAUCUAAACCUUUAAAUCUUCGUUUAUCGCUUAUUUAACCCAGACAGCAGGACCGGAGAUCAGUCUGUUUUCCCCGCUCCUCAGCCUCCAGCUCCCGGCGCGCCACUCACCGACUGCCGCAGCCUGGAAACGCGGAGCCGCUUACAGUCUCCGGCAAGAUGCUACCGCCGCACUCCCGUUUCUUUGUCGGCGUUUUGUGCAUCGUCGUCCUCAAUCCCGCCGCGGUGCGAUGCCUGAACGGCGAAGAAGAUCAGUCUCAAGACAUGGAGUGCAAAAUGAAAAGCGUGACGGUGUCUGCUUUGCCGUUUUUGCGGGAAAAUGACCUGAGCAUCAUGCACAGCCCGUCGGCCUCCGAGCCAAAGCUGCUCUUCUCCGUCAGGAAUGAUUUUCCCGGAGAGAUCGUUGUAGUAGACGAUUUGGAAAACACAGAGCUUCCGUACUUCGUGUUGGAGAUUUCUGGGAACUCUGAGGACAUUCCCCUGGUGCGCUGGAGGCAGCAAUGGUUGGAAAAUGGCACCUUGCUUUUCCACAUCCACCACCAGGACGGCAGUCAAAACUUGCCCAGCCCGGCGGCCACAGCUUACCCUGCUAGUGACUCUGCUGAGGAGGAACUUCGUAUUCUGCACAUCUCAGUCAUGGGAGGCAUGAUUGCUCUGCUGCUGUCCAUCCUGUGUUUGGUAUUGAUCCUGUACAUCCGCAGACGCUGGUGUAAGCGCCGCCGGGUUCCCCAGCCGCAGAAGAGCGCCAGCGCCGAGGCGGCCAACGAGAUCCACUACAUCCCGUCCGUUCUGAUGGGUGGCCAGGCGAGGGAAAGUUUGAGGAAUUCGCGCGGACAGGGCCACAACUCCAGCGGCACACUCAGCAUCCGCGAGACGCCCAUUCUGGAUGGCUAUGAGUAUGACAUCACAGACCUGCGACAUCACCUCCAGCGUGAGUGUAUGAACGGAGGCGAGGACUUUACCAGUCAGGUGACUCGUACCCUUGACUCGCUUCAAGGGUGCAAUGAAAAAGCCGGCAUGGAUCUCACCCCAGGAAACGACAGUACAAAAUUGUCCCUAAUGAGCAAGUACAAGGAUAACAUCAUAGCCACGAGUCCCAUUGACAGUAAUCACCAGCAAAACACACUCUUCCCACAUAACACCUCCACCAGUCAGCGCAAGCGUCUGUCCGGCAAAACACACGCGGGUUCAGCCUUCCUGAACCCGGAUGGCGAUUCUGGGACGGAGGCGGACAGCGAGCCGCAGUUGACCUUCUACACCGACCCGAACCGCAGUAGGCGUCGCAGUCGAGGUAUGAGAAACGGUAACGUCAACACAGCGUGGGUCUCCGGGGGUUCACCACGUAGCCCCAUCAACAAAACCACCUUGACUUUGAUCAGCGUGGUCAGCUGUGUGAUCGGACUCGUCUGCACAUCUCACCUCUCCUGCAGCCUCAAUGUCCGAGUCAUUCUUCAUGUCCCUGAGCAUCUCAUUGCAGACGGCUCCAGAUUCGUUCUUCUGCAAGGCAGCCAGCUGGACGCAUCUGAUUGGCUGAAUCCAGCUCAGGUGCUGCUGUACUACCAGCAGAACGCCAGCGGGCCUUGGGUAAAUGAUCUGUGUGGUCGUCGCCUUUUGGACCCCUGUGAGCACCAGUGUGACCCAGAUACAGGAGAAUGUCUCUGUUUUGACGGCUACAUGAAGGACCCUGUUCACAAGCAUCUAUGCAUUCGCAAUGAAUGGGGCCCAAAUCAGGGCCCAUGGCCUUAUACAAUUUUCCAGCGUGGCUUUGAUUUGGUGAUGGGAGAACAGCCAUCAGAUCGUAUUUUCAGAUUCACAUAUACACUUGGAGAAGGCAUGUGGCUGCCACUUAGCAAAAGCUUUGUCAUUCCUCCCGCUGAGCUGGCCAUCAACCCAUCUGCCAAAUGCAAGACAGAUAUGACAGUCAUGGAGGACGCUGUGGAUGUCAGGGAGGAGCUGAUGAUUUCCUCAUCCUUCGACAGUCUGGAGGUCCUGCUGGACUCCUUUGGGCCGGUUCGAGACUGUUCCAAGGACAACGGAGGCUGCAGCCGGAAUUUCCGCUGCAUCUCUGACCGCAAGUUGGACUCUACUGGCUGUGUGUGUCCUCCGGGUUUGAGUCCAAUGAAAGAUGGCACUGGUUGCUAUGACCACCACAUUGGUAUCGACUGUUCUGAUGGCUUUAAUGGGGGCUGUGAGCAGCUGUGUCUACAGCAGCUGGCACCUCUAGAGGAGGACCCCACUCUCUACAACAUCCAGAUGUUCUGCGGGUGUAUUGAAGAUUACAAGCGAGGAGCAGAUGGCAGAUCCUGUCAGCCGCUAUCAGAGGCGUGCACUGAGGGAGUGGACUGCGGAGAUACAGCUGACAUCCCUGCCAACCAGACUGUGUUUGGGGACCUUUUCUACGGCUACAAUAACCACACUAAAGAGAUUACAUCAGGACAGAUCCUUAAAGCCACUUUCAGGCAGAAAAAUUUUGCCCGUGGCAUCGAGCAGCAGCUUCCGGAUGGUAUAGUGGUGGCAUCUGUACCAACCGAAGCCCAGUGCCAUGAAGAGCUGUCAGACCCGGUGCCCGACCCAGAGUAUUUAUCCGGUAUGGUUAACUACAGCGAGGUCACUGGCUACCCCUUGGUUCAGCACUGGAAACUGCGGUCUGUUAUGUACCAUGUGAAGCUUAACCAGUGGACCCUUUCUCAAGUCUUUAGUUCAGCCGUUCACUCGCUUGAUGGGGCCACGCAGCGCAGUGACUUUGUGUCCAUCCUAAAAGAAUUUGGCAACCAUUUCAUCCAGGAAGCAGUGUAUGGAUUUGAGGAGUCCUGUACCAUAUGGUACCCCAACAAGCAAGUUCAACGCCAGCUGUGGUUGGAAUACCAGGAUAUCAGCAAAGGAAACUCUCCUUCGGAUGAAUCAGAGGAGCGGGACAAAGAGCCGCGCACCCUCACUUACCCAGCAUACAUUGCCAGCCUGCUGGACUCGGGUGCCAAGCGCAUGGCGGCGGGGGUGCGCAUGGACUGCAACAGUCAGGGCCAAUGCCCUCUGUCCUGCCACCUCUGCCACAUGAGCCCUGGGCCUGCACGUCCUGCAGAACCUGUGCUGCUCAACAUCACUAAAGCCACGCCAAUUUACGAGCUGGUCAACAGCAAUGAAACCUACCAGGCUCUGCAGGAAGCCAUGAUGAGCGUUUUGUGGUGUUCGGCUAAAGGUGAUGUAAUUGAUGACUGGUGUCGAUGUGACUCUAGUGCCUUUGGCGCCGAUGGACUCCCCACUUGCGCUCCCCUUCCUCAACCUAUGCUUAAGCUGUCCCAUUCGUAUGAGCCCAGCAGUUCACUGGUCAUCAUAGAAUGGAAUCACACAGAGCCACCAAUCGGAGUGAGGAUUGUUGAUUACCUCAUCAGUCAAGAGAAAGUGACAGAGAGGACUGAUCACUCCAAAGUUGAAACAGAGACCAUGUUGAGUUUCAUGGAUGAUAUCGUGUCGGGGGCCAAAUCUCCAUGUGUGAUGCUGGGGGACAUUCCUGAUCCCCUCUCCUCUAUUCCACUGAUCAUACGCUGCCUGGAACCAGACACCACAUAUAUGUUCCGACUCUGGGCAGUGGACAACACAGGUCGGCGUUCCAGUCCCAGCGAAGUGAUCAUCAAAACCCCCUGUCCCGCUGUGGAUGAUGUUAAGGCGCAAGAAAUAGCGGACAAGAUUUAUAAUCUGUUCAAUGGUUACACCAGCGGGAAGGAACAGCAGACGGCAUACAACACGCUGAUGGAUCUGGGCUCACCGACACUCCACCGAGUACUUUACCACUACAACCAGCGCUAUGAGAGCUUUGGAGAGUUCACUUGGCGCUGUGAAGACGAACUGGGGCCCAGAAAAGCGGGAUUGAUCCUGUCUCAGCUGGAUGAACUUAGUGGUUGGUGCCGGGGUCUUCUCCAAGAACCCAAAAUUGGACUGCGCAGGGCAUCCCUCAAAUACCUGUCUUGUCGUUACACAGAAACCAAGGCAUUCGGGUUAAACUGGGUGAACCUCGGCCAAGAUUUACGCAAGGCUUGCGAAGAUCAGUCGCUGUCUGUCAUGUACAAUGAUUACGGGGAGCCCAAGGAACUCUAAAUGUGAUGGACACCAAGAGGGGCUCAACACAAGGCAUCCCUAAAACACACCACUCCUGUUUCAGCCCGAGUGUUUUUGAGCUUGCAUAUAAAAAUGUUUUUGGGUCUGAUGUACAGUGUACAGUGAAAGUCAUUUAAACUGGCAGUUAUAGGACUAGUGGUCUAUUUUGUCACUUAGUAGAUACACCAACUUGUAAAGGUAGGAGUUUUUUCACAAAGACUAAAACUAAUCUUGUGCUGAUGAUGUAUGUCUCUCUGUAGUGCAUAUAGAUACAGAAACUACUGUAUUAAAGAGUUAUAGCAAAUGUAAAUGUUAAUUCAUCUGACAGUUUCUUAAUGUGUUUAACGUAGUGAGGUUGUUUUUGAGAUAAGCAGUGUUAUGAAAAUUAUCCGUUUCAAGUUGUGUACAUUUAACAUGUCUUGUUUCUUUUCAUUUUCAAAAUAAAAUUGCCCAAAUAUCU